AUGAUAUUACUAAAGACGGCAUUCAGCAAAUUCACUAAUGAAGAAUCCAAUCCAUUGCUUAUUGAUAUUGAAGAUGCAGACAAUGAAGGAAACGAACUAGUACAACCUCAGAUUAGAAGAGAAGGACAGAAGAAGUUUUCAACACCUAAGAAGAAAACUAAAAAUCAAACUGGUGGUGUGGGGGAACGUGUUAAUCGCACACCAGCUCAUUCAAUGCGAAGGGAUCUUAAAGUUGUAGUUUUGAGCUCAGAUUCAAGUUUCAUUGAAAGUUAUGACUUGACAGAAGACAGUGGACUAAAUAGGGAAAAUGAAUUGAGAACAAAAAGACGUUUUGAUAGAUGUAAAACAAAAGGUGAUGAAGUUGUUGUUAUAAACUCAUUUUCAGGAAAAGAUAAUGUUACUGUCAAGAACCUUGACGAAGAUGAAGACUCUGAUUUUGAGGCUGACAUAACUGUGGUAACAAGGAAAAAGAGAAGCCAUCAUACUUCAUUCAAAGAUGAUGACAAAGAAAAUGUGAAGAAAUUUAAAAGACAAAGGAAUAAAGAAGGAAAUGUGUUGAAGCCAAGAAAACAUCCUAAAGUUGUAGCAAGUGGUGCAGAAGAAGCUAAGCGAAUACAAGUACGGACAUCUCCAAAUGUUUUGUACAGUUGUAUGCAUAACCUUAGCAAGGAACAGGAAGCUUAUAUUUCUUCUAUUGGUCUGGGGCAUUUGUUGAAGAUGAAAGUGGAUGGGUGUGCAUCAAUUAUGGGGCAUUAUAUUGUAAGGAAUUUUAACGCAGAUAGGAUGGUACUCAAACUUCAUCAUGGAGAGAUACCAAUCAAUCGACAAGUUAUUCACGAAAUGUUGGGUCUGCCUCUGGGACAUGUUACAAUAAAGUCUAUGCCUUAUAGAGAAGUCACAGAUGACACGAUAACUAUUUGGAGAAAACAAUUCGAAGAUGAAGAUAAUAUUAGACCAAGGGUAGUUCAACAAGUUAUUAUGCAGUCAACAUGUGCGGAUUUAAUGUUUAAAGUAAACAUCUUUGUCCUGUUGUGUAAUACACUAGGUCAGUCGAUGAGCAUGAGCACAUGUGACCUGUCGAUGUUAUCAAAAGUGACGAAAGAUCUGGAUCUAAGUGACAUUGAUUGGUGUGGAUAUGUUUUUGAUUGCCUUAAGGAGACAAAAAGUGCGUGGAAUCCAAACAACAAAAAAGGAUUCUAUGUUGGGCCAAUUAUAUUACCGCUGGUAGGAUUUGUUUUAAAUUAA